AUGAACUUCUUCAAGGCGCCUACAAAGUCAGCCCAAAAACCAGACACGAAAAUAUCUACGGCAAAAAAAGUCGAUCAAAAAUCAUCCUCGAAAGCAGGUAACAGCGAAAAUAAUAUCUCGUCCCGAGUUCGGUCGCCAUCUAAAAACAUCUCGUCUAAGGCUAAAGUAUACAGGUCUAAAAGCGAUAAUCAUAAAUACGAUCAGAAUCCUACUCGAGAUAGUCCCAUCAAUCUUAAAACAUCAAGCUCGCCACAUUCCCCGGUUGAUAUCAAGUCCCAUCCUUUGAACCUUCAUAUAGAUCAACUCCGAAAAUCCUCUAAAUCAACCAGGAUGUCAUGCCCAGAGCUGAUGGAAGAGGACCAUGAAGCUCAAAGCCCAGUACCUACCACACCAAAGCGUAGCUCGUCUGGGGGUGUCGAGACAUUAACUAAAAAUGGAGUAUCCUCCCCAUUGAAUGGAGAAGGACCAGCACCACCUCCCCACAGAACAAAUCUUACAAACCCACCUAGCAUUUCACCUUCAGUAAUGCAAGAGGCAGAAAACUAUAAAAAUGCUGGUAACAAGUAUUUUAAAUCUAAAGAAUACAAAAAUGCAAUUGAUGAAUAUUCUAAAGCUGUCCUACUUCACCCAACAUCCGCUACAUACCUUAACAAUAGAGCUGCUGCAUACAUGUCAAAUGGACAGUAUAUCAACGCGUUAGAAGACUGCACACAGGCCAAUGAUCUAGACCCCCAAAACGCAAAGAUACUCCUCAGACUUGCUCGAAUCUACACAAGUCUUGGCCGGCCACAGGAUGCUUUAGAUACAUAUAACCUUAUCAAGCCACCUGCAUCAGUCAAAGAUCUUGCUCCCGCUAAAGCCAUGUUGCAACACAUUCAGAGUGCUGAAAACGCUCUAAAGAAUAGCACAAAUGGAUCAAUGGUAUUGCACGCUCUCGACCAAGCCGAAAAGAUUCUUGGCCCUGGGGUAUCUAAGCCUCGAAAAUGGCAGUUAAUGCGAGGAGAGGCCCAUUUAAACAUGGGAAACGCUAAUUCUUCAGGGGACGCACAAAAUAUUGCCAUUUCUUUGCUUCGGAACAACAGUGCAGACCCAGAAGCACUAGUCCUACGAGGAAGAGCCCUUUACACGCUUGGUGAAAACGAAAAAUCAAUUCAACAUUUUCGGCAGGCCUUAAGCUGUGAUCCCGACUAUAAAGACGCCCUCAAAUAUAUGCGCAUGGUCCAGAAGCUCGAACGUAUCAAAAGCGAGGGAAACGUUGAAUACAAGUCAGGUCGGUUCCAGGGAGCUAGUGACAAGUAUUCUGAGGCUCUUGACGUUGACCCUUCAAACCGGGGGACAAAUUCAAAGCUACUACAGAAUCGAGCUCAAUGUCAUUUAAGGAUGAAAAAUUAUGACGCAGCUAUCAGUGACUGUGAGCGUGCUAUAAGCUUAGAUCCCACAUACACAAAAGCAAAGAAAACAAAAGCUACUGCUAUUGGCCAAUCUGGCAACUGGGAGGCAGCUGUCCGUGAGUGGAAAGAAAUGCAAGAAUCGGACCCCCACGAUCCCACGUUACAGAAAGAAGUAAGAGCUGCCGAAUUAGAACUGAAGAAAAGCAAACGGAAGGACUACUAUCAAAUCCUAGGUGUAGACAAAGGUGCUGACUCUGGUCAAAUCAAGAAGGCAUAUCGGAAGGCUGCAAUAGUCCACCAUCCGGACAAAAAUCCAGAUGACCUAAAUGCUGCUGAAAGAUUUAAAGAUAUUGGCGAGGCAUACGAAACACUCAGUGACCCAGAGAAACGUGCGCGAUACGAUAGUGGUGAAGAUUUGAUGGAUCCUAUGGAGAGUUUUGGUGGUGGGAUGCACGGUGGAGGAAUGCGAGGUGGGAUUGACCCUGAAAUUCUGAUGCAGAUGUUUGGCGCCCAGAUGGGCGGUUCUCAAAGCAGUGCAGGAGGGUUUCACUCUUUCACAGGGACUGGAAUGCCAGGUGGGGGGGCUCGGUCUCGAGGCUCACAUCAUGGCUUCCAAUUUCAAUAA